CUAUAAAAGUAGUGAGGCUACAUACAGACACCGGUUAGUCAGGCUGAUUGAGGUAGUAUGUACAUACGGUUAAAGUGGCAAUGCAUACAGUAUAUGAUGAACGGAGUAGCAAUAGCGUAAAAGAGGGGUUGGCAGGUGGUGUGUGUGACACAAUGCAAAUAGUCCGGGUAGCCAUUUGAUUACCUGUGCAGGAGUCUUAUGGCUUGGGGGUAAAAACUGUUGAGAAGCCUUUUUGUCCUAGACUUGGCACUCCGGAACCGCUUGCCAUGCGGUAGUAGAGAGAACAGUCUAUGACUGGGGUGGCUGGGGUCUUUGACAAUUUUUAGGACACCUUCCUAAUAUUGUGUUGCUACCCCCCUUGCCCUCAGAACAGCCUCGAUUUGUUGAUUCGUCGGGGCAUGGACUCUGUUCACGCUGUUGAGCGUAAAUACCCAGCAUUGUUGCAGUUCUUGACACAAAUCAGUGCACCUGGCACCUACUAUUAUACCCCGUUCAAUGGCACUUACAUUUUUAGUUUUGCCCGUUCACCCUCUGAAUGGCACACAUAUUCAAUCCAUGUCUUAAUUGUCUCAAGGCUUAAAAAUCCUUCUUUCACCGGUCACCACCCUUUCAUCAUCAUCGACACUGAUUGAAGUGGAUUUAACAUCUAUAAAGGGAUCCUAGCUUUCACCUGGUCAGUCCCAUGUCAUGGAAAGACCAGGUGUUUUUAAUGUUUUGUAUGCUCCGUCCGUGUAUAUUCAUAUGAUCUACUCUUUCACCCAUGGGAAACAAAACAACUCACCAGUGACUUAUUUCAUAUGUAUUUUAUGUGUAGCGGUCUUCAGAUGUACCACAGAAAAACCAAGAAAUGAAGAGCGACACCACGGCUGUCUGUUUUGGGGGCUUUUAUGUAGAUCUUUCUCUACAAUCGUAUUAUGAAAAGACAGGACAGGAACACAUCAGUAUCCAAUGUACAAUCUGACAAGUUGUUCUUUCUCUGUCAGUGUGCAAGUCCGAGAAAACAAUCACAUUCAUACAUAAAGCCAUAACGUAUAGAAUAAAAUAAACAAUCCUUAAUACAAAGAAAGUAUAAUAUUAAUUCUUAGACAAUAGAACCAUACCUGCAAUAGUAUUAUGAAAAGACAGGACAGGAACACAAAAGUCUCCAAUGCACCGUCUGGCAAGUUGCGGCAGGUAGCCGAGUGGUUAGUGAUGAGUUAGUAACUGAAAGGUCGCGAAAAUCGAAUCCCAGAGCUGACAAGGUAAAAAAUCUGUUGUUCUGCCCCUGAACAAGGCAGUUAACCCACUGUUCCUAGGCCUAGAGGGCAAAACUGCACCUCCCACAAUACAACGCUAGCAUAACUCGGCAGCUCUGCUAACCAUCUGCACCACACACAGAAAGGCGUGCGAGCUAGCAAUAACAAUACUUUUUAGCACUGUAAAACUAUAUCAAUAACAACGAUGAAAGUUACAUGUUUCAAUAGUCUCACACCCCCUUAUAACAGUACCUAUAGCAUUAACCCUGGGAUGCUUUAUUUAUUUCACGUUAUGGACUUCUACACAGGAGUAAUCUGCAACACACCUUUCUGAUGAGAACGGGAACUACGGGUAGUACCAGAGUGUUAGUAGGUGACGUAAGCACCCAGAUGAAAUAACAUACAUUUAAUGAAAUAAAAACCGAAGAUGUUAAUAUCAUCCAGUUACUGUAGCUGCCUAUUUAACAUCAACAGGCAGCACUAGUUGCGCAACAAUUGAAAUGAGAAACCAAAAGUAAAGUUCCUGGUGAUCAUAGCGAUCUGUUCGCAGGUUUGGGCCACUGACUGGUUGUCAACCUGGUUGUUCUGUUCUGUGUUGUGUACUAUUCUAAUCAUUUGAAGAUUGAUGGAAUAACCCUUUUAACUCUCCUACAUAUGGGCUGACAAGAAAUCAAGAAAAUUUGAAAUACUCUUAAUAACGUUCACAAAAAGUGGAUGAAUAGAACCAAGUGUGAGAACACCCUAAAACUCAUGACAAGGCAAUUUUAAAGCUUCCUGAUUAUAGUAGUUUCCUGUCCGUGUGGUUAUUUUAGAGAACCGAGGCAGAAUAUGCUGCUUUAAAGAGAAGAGAGAAUGAAUGUCAAGUGAUCUAAAAUGGACACCUCAUCACCUGCUCCACCCACACCUGUCCCAGAGCGGUUGCUAGCUAUUCUACAACAACUGACCAGUGAGGAGUUGAAGUCAUUUCAGUGGUACCUGAAGCAGCCUGUUUCGGGUGGCUCAUCUCCCAUCCCAGUCAGCAGGCUGGAAAAUGCUAAAAGAGAGGACACAGUGGAUCAGAUGGUGCAUACCUAUAGGGAAGCUGGUGCUCUGGAGAUGACACACCAUAUUCUGCAAAAGAUUAAACGGAAUGAUCUAGCUGUUCCAAUGUCAGUGACAGAACACCAAGCCACAGCAGGAGUAUCAGCCAUACCAACCAGGCCCAACCUGAACACAAGCACCGUACCAGUUCAGGAUGUUCAGGAUGCUUCUGCAGAUCUCUCCAACCACACUGAGCCUGGAGACCAUGUUAAGGAACAUAAACUCACUUCUGUUAACUCUACAGAUGAUGGUCCUUCGUAUGAAGAUGUUGAGAAGUACCGACGUAAAUUCCAAUACAAACUGAAGGAGAAGAUUCAGCAUGUAUUUGAGGGGGUGCCAAAACAGGGAAAGAAAACACUUCUCAAUAAGAUCUACACAGAACUCUACAUCACAGAGGGCGGAAGUGAAGAGGUCAAUAAUGAACACGAGGUAAGACAGAUUGAGAUCGCAUCCAUCACACCAGCAGCGACAGAAGAAAGGUUGAUCGAAUGCAAUAACAUCUUUACAUUUGUAACUGGACAAGACAAACCUACCAGAACUGUGCUGACGAAGGGAGUCGCUGGCAUUGGAAAAACAUUCUCUGUACUUAAGUUCAUUUUGGACUGGGCUGAAGGAAAAGCAAAUCAAGAUAUCCAGUUCAUAUUUUCACUGCCUUUUCGAGAGCUAAAUUUGGUGCGGAAGAAAAUGCUGAGUUUAGUGGAUCUUGUUCAUGAAUGCAUCAGAGAGGCAAAAGUGAUUGAGAAGGAAUUUCUCUAUCAGGUUUUCACAAAAUUACAAGACUCAGGAAACCCAAACUACAAUGAGAGCAAGUACAAAGUUCUAUUUGUCCUUGAUGGUCUAGAUGAGUGUCGAUUGCCUCUAGACUACAAGAAGAAUGAUAGCUGGGAUAAAGCUACAGAGCCAACCUUAGUGGAUGUGCUUCUGAAAUCCCUCAUCAAUGGGAAUCUGCUUCCCUCUGCUCGCCUCUGGAUAACCUCCAGACCUGCAGCAUCCAAUCAGAUUCCUUCUGGGUGUGUUGACCAGGUGACAGAAGUACGAGGGUUCAAUGACCCACAGAAGGAGGAGUACUUCAGGAAGAGGUUCAGUGAUGAGAAUCUGGCAAACAGAAUCAUCUCACACAUUAAGACAUCAAGGAGUCUCCACAUCAUGUGCCACAUACCAGUCUUCUGUUGGAUCGCAGCUACAGUUCUGGAGCGCAUAUUGAGCACAGAUACGAAUGGAGAAAUACCAAAGACUCUGACUCAAUUAUUCCUUGGUUUACUGGUGUUUCAUGCUAAACAGAUGAACGAGAAAUAUAAUGAGAAAGGCGAGGGAGAGCCACACUGGGAUAAAGAGAGCAUUAUGGCACUUGGAAAACUGGCUUUUCAACAGCUAAAAAAUGGCAACCUAAUUUUCUAUGAGUCAGAUCUGCAAGAGUGUGGCAUUAGUGCCAGAGAAUCUUCGGAACGCUUGGGAGUGUUCACACAGCUCUUCAGAGAGGAUUAUGGGCCGUUCCAGGAGAAGGUGUACUGCUUUGUGCAUCUGAGCAUCCAGGAGUUUCUGGCUGCGUUGUAUGUCUUUUUAUCAUACAACAACAACAAUGUAAACCUAAUGAACAAAAGACUUUCCACCAUCAGAAACAUUCUUAGGAAGUUUACAUUAAAAUCUGCCUUCACCUUUCACAAGAGUGCUGUGGAUAAAGCCUUACGGGGUAAGAAUGGACACCUGGACCUGUUCCUCCGCUUCCUUCUGGGCCUCUCACUAGAGUCCAAUCAGUCUCACUUACACGGCCUACUGACACCGGCAAGGAGCACGAGAAGCAGCUCUCAGUGCCACGAGCAAACAGUCAAGUACAUAAAGAGGAAGAUCAGAAAAAAUCACUCUCCAGAGAAGUGCAUCAAUCUGUUCCACUGUCUAAAUGAACUAAAUGACCAUUCACUGGUGAAGGAGAUCCAAAACUACCUGAGCUCAGGUAAUGUCUCCAGAGAAGAACUCUCACCUGCACAGUGGUCAGCUCUGGUCUUUGUGUUGUUGACUUCAGAAGAGGAGCUGGUUGUGUUCGAUCUGAAGAAAUACUCCAGAUCAGAAAAGGGGCUUCUGAGACUGUUGCCAGUCGUCAAAGCCUCCAGAACAUCUCUGCUGAAUGGAUGUAACCUCACAGAGAGAUGCUGUGAAGCUUUAGCCUCAGCUCUCAACUUCUCCCACCUGAGAGAGCUGGACCUGAGUGACAACAACCUGCUGACAGAUUCAGGAGUGAAGCUGCUCGCUGUUGGACUGGAGAAUUCGCACUGUAAACUUGAGACACUGAGGUUGUCAUUUUGUGGAGUCACAGCGAAAGGCUGUGCUUAUCUGGCCUCAGUUCUAAUGUCAAACUCUUCAAACCUGAGAGAGCUGGACCUGAGUGACAAUGACCUGCGGAAUUCAGGAGCAGAACUGCUCUCAGCUGGACUGGAGAAUCCACACUGUAAACUUGAGACACUGAGGUUGUCAUUCUGUGGAGUCGCAAAGAAAGGCUGUGCUUCUCUGGCCUCAGCUCUGCGGUCAAACCCCUCACACCUGAGAGAGCUGGACUUGAGCUACAAUCACUCAGGAGUGAAUCUGCUCUCUGCUAUAUUAGAGGAUCCCUGCUGUAAACUGGAGAAACUCAACAUGGGAUCUGGAGAUUUCGCAACCCAACCAGGUCAAAUUAAAUAUGCACGUGAUCUCACACUGGACCCAAACACAGCACACAGACGCCUCUCUCUGUCUGAGGGGAACAGAAAGGUGACAUGGGUGGAUGAGAAGCAGCGGUAUCCUGAUCACCCAGAGAGAUUUGGGAACUGCGAACAGGUGCUGUGUAGAGAGGGUCUAUCUGGGCCCGGGCCCUGUUACUGGGAGGCAGAUUGGAAUGGGGAAUGGGCUGUUAUAGGAAUGGCAUAUAAAGGAAUCAGCAGGACAGGAGGGCGUAAAGACUGUGUGCUUGGAUACAAUCGUAAGUCUUGGAGUUUGGAGUCCUCUAAUCACAGCAACACCACCUGGCACAAUAAUAACUGCACUGAGUUUCCUGUCCAAUCCUCCCCUUACUACAGAGUAGGAGUGUAUCUGGACUGGCAGGCCGGCAUUCUGUCCUUCUGCAGAGUCUCCUCUAACAUACGGACACACCUGCACACAUUCCACACCAAAUUCACUGAGCCCCUCUACCCAGGGUUUUAUGUUGGGAGUGGCUCCUCAGUAACUCUGAGGUAAAAACUUUGCUUUAGGACAGCGGCAGUCUUGUUAUUAUUGGCGUUUGUAAAUAAUGUUAUUCAUAGAGUGUUUUGUGAAACUCUGCUUCUGUUUGAACUCAAUUACACUGAAUGGAAUAUUCAUGGUACGUAUUUUGCCAUGGACUUGGCAUCUGUGUCAACGAUUAUCACAAAUUCAACAUGACACUGGAGAUACAGUAUAUUACAGACACCAGGAUUGCAACCCAACUACAGAGUAAAGUCAACUGGUUACUGGUAAGGCAAAUACACAGACAGACUGCUACAACUCUUAAGUAGUGCUACUGGUUACACUCAGAACACUAGUGACGAACAAAAAACUAUAUCUGAAAGACUUUGGAGACCCUUGGAGAUAUUAUUUCAGUAUUUAUUGAUAUUAACUGUUGUAAGAGUGUAAGUAUUGUUUAUUCUGUCAUUCUAACAGUUGCCGCUGUAUAUACUGGGAUCACUGUGAUUAUACUAUUAUGUUAUUUGAAGAUGUCACACUUGAAAUAAACUGAAAAGAUGUA